GAUCUGGCAACACUAUCCAGUCAACACGGUCUGAUUCAGCAAACACGUGGACGGGCAUUUGCAACACACUGAAAACUCGUAGAAACUGUCUUUUUGAAAGGACUGUCUUUGUAACUGUUAUCUCUUAAGAUUGAUAUAAAAUUGGUCAGUGAUCUCUCAGUUUGUGAUUAACUGUGGGUGGCCUGAUUAAUGUUCAUGACAGGACUCUUCCAGCUAGAGCGAAUGCUCUGAAUGCCUAGCAUCGAUUCAAAUUUAUAAAUAUAAUUGCUAGCUCUAUUUUGUAACUCAAAACAUUGUGUCCGUAGUGACUGUGAACGAGAAAUUCCGGCUGGGUUUCUUUCAUUUACGUUCAGAAACACCACAACGAUGAGUAAAAAGACCAAGAAAACCAACGGUAACUUUGGCAAUAACAUUAGAUGUUUUAUCUGCGGUCAGCAGUACGGACAAAAGUUUAUAGAUAUGCAUAUGCAUUCUUAUCUCCACCAUGAAGCAAUUGAGAAGAUCAAGGGCAGUGAACAGCUGCAUAAGUGUUGGGCAUGUAAUGUGUCUGUGAUGGGACUAGAGCAGUACAAGGAGCAUAUUGCCGACCGCAAUCACACACAAAAUCUGUUUAAACUAAACCAAAAUAAAAGACGUAAAAGAAAAUCUUUUAAACCGGACUACAAUAUUGACCUGACUGAUAAUGAACUAGAAUCCCUUUUUGGUCUAAGAGAGCAAGACGGAUCCAAAGAUGAAAAGAGCAAAGAACAAAAAGAUCUGGACAAAUGUUCUAUCUGCUUUCAUCGUUUUCCUGAACAGGAGUGGGACAAACAUAUGCACAGUUUAAUCCACCGUCAGACAGUUGAGCAGUUGAAGGGCAGUGAACACGAGCAUAAGUGUUGGGCCUGCGAAAUGACUGUGACAGGAAUAGCAGCAUUUAAAGAGCAUGUUUCCACGCAAUAUCACAAAAUGAAGCUAUCGGAUUUGACGAAGAAUAGAAUACUUGGAAAAAAAACAGUGGACUACAGUGUUGAAUUUAAUGAGCUUAAAGACCUUUGUGCCCAAAGAGAACAAGAAAAAUUUAUGAAAAAGAAAGAGAGAUUAGAGAAGUGGAAAGAAGCAAAAAGGCGGAAGACAAUGAGGUUAAUUCAGACAAGGAGCAGAGCUGAGCACAAGCGUUAUACAACACCUUUCAUGGUGAAUGAGGAGUUCGAAGCUGACCAGUUGCCACCAUCAUGCCAUUUCAUGUCCUUUUGGGAAAAUCAAAACGACUAUCCAGCAUCUAUCCAGCAUAACCUGCCUUCACAGAGACAAGAGAGCAUAGUUGAUAUGGACAGAUCAGAUGGGCCACUUGUGAAAAGGCCUCGUCUUGAGAGACCAUCAGAAAAUAUUCCUCAAGAAAUGUCUGCUCAUGGCACUCGACCCAACCCUGAUGGAAAAGGUACAGAUGUUUCUGUGAACGACCUAACUCCAGAAACUGAAGAUGGUGCUGCUGCUGAGCCAACAUGUGCCCCUGGACUGGUUCAAAGCAGGAUGGAGGCCAACAUACCCAACUUGACAGCAGCAAUGGGAGUCUGUUUAACACAGAAGGCAGCAACUGGGAAUGAAGCUGUUGUUCUUAAUCCUCCACUACACACUCGUUCCAAAAAGUCUACGUUGAAAGUAAACAGAGCGGCAUCACUGAGUGAACAGGGCAUGACCAGAGAAUGCAUGAGUGGACAAGAACCAUACGCAGAUUCCCUUCCACCUGCGUCUGCCCUGGCUAAGGUGUUCGAAAGCCAGGCUUCAGAAAAUGAGUUGGAGAUCGUCGAAAACGUUCGGCCUCAUACUGCGCAUGUUCAGAAAAACCAAUCAAAUGAGUGUGAGACUGAACAGGGAGAAACAUCACUGGAGCAUCACAGCAGCUUUGAAGCCAUCUCCUGCAACGUCCAGAAAACCCAGAAAAGAAGACAAGACGAUUCACAUGAUCUGAAUCCUGAGACAAACAACAAAAUAUCCAGAAAACGAAAAGUGAAUAAGUUGAUAUCGCUGUCUUUGAAAGAAGAGGAGUUAACCAGCUCUUUGGAGAAUGUAGGUGAGCAGCUGUUCCAGGCGUACUCCACCCUGCAGAGCGCAUACAUAGAAGUUCAGCGUCUGCUAGCUGUUAAACAAGAGGUAACCUCAGAAAUGGCCUCGCUCAGGGCACAGCGCAUAAAGAUUCUGCAGGAUAUGAAGAAUCCUGGUGACCAGCAGGAGGUGCUACAUGAAUCUUGACAGCUGCGUGAACCUCUGAGGAAGGAUUGGUCAAAUGAGCCUCAGAGAGCAGCUGCAACACAGGACCCACUCCCAGAAGUAUCUGAUGCUGGACCUACCUCUCAGUGCACAAAAUUGAGCUCUGUGAGCAAGUACUGCAUUGCAGAGCCCAUAACUGCACCGUUAGAACAGACUUCAACUCUAGUUUUAUGGCAGAUCACAUUGGAUUAUGCGUUAAUUUGAUCAGACAGAUGCAGAAAAUUACUAAAAGAAAAAAAAAAUUUUUUGCUCUUAUUCUGGCAUGAUCAAAUGUGAUUUCUAUCUUGACAUGUAAAAAAAACAAGUUUGCUUGCCUACAAUUUUGAAUGAGGAGAUGUUACAGAGUCCAGCAAAGCUUCCAUCCAUCUGAAGAUUCAGGUCAGUUAAAAGAUUUUCAGAACAGCAAUUAAUAUUGCUUACAAGACUACAUGCUAACAUAUUCAUUCGGACUUGCUCUCAGAGGUUUAUAGUUGUUUUAUUCACAGGAAUCUGAAUAAUAUUUUAAAAUGCUCAAAACAUUGUUUUUAUCAUCUGUGUUCUUGCUACUCCAGCAAAAGAAACUUUGUUCAUACUCGAGGUUAAUCAUAUGUUUGUCUUUUGCUUGCAGUCAUGACACACAUCUGUUGUACUAUUAUGUUUGUUUAUGCUUUGCAAAUCAUGGCUAUGGUAACAACUGGAAUAGAACAGUGCAGUGUUGGACUCUUUAUUCAGUUGAAUUAUUUACAGUUGCACAGUAGCACACACAUUUUACAAGGAUGGGUUCAAAUGAGUGCCAUUUUAGGCAUGACAUUUAAUAUGACAACAUUCUGUCACCUUAAAGGGAUAGCCGAAGUGCUUUUUACAAGACAUAAAUGAGCUGUCAUGGUCCAUUCAGUGGCUCAUAAUCAAUCCAGUUUGUUCUAGACCAGCAUUUGCUGAAGAAAGAAGCUGCAGUGGUGUUCAGUACAAUCGAUUCAGAUCCAGACCUUUCUCCACUUAAUGGAAGUUGAAAAUGGGAAAAGACCAUUCGCUUUCCACCAGGCUAACCUCUGGGUUUGUGUCUUUAGGCAUACAUGGUCAGUUGAAGCCACUGUGUAUAUAGUGUAGAAAACAGGAACUUGUUAGAGUGUAAAUAGCAGUGAUCAGUACAAAGAAUAAUACAAAUAUGUUUAAAAAUCAUGCUGCUUGUUGAUCUUUAUUCU